GUUGGCGGCACUUUGGGCCUUCGUGGUGACCUGGUGCGCCGCAGAGGAAGGCGAGGAUGUCAAGGGACCGAUGAUAACCAACAAGGUCUACUUCGAUGUGGCCAUUGGCGGCAAGAAGACCGGCCGCAUCGUCAUCGGCCUGUAUGGCAAGAAGGUCCCGAAAACCGUGGAGAACUUCCGUGCCCUUUGCACGGGCGAGAAGGGUUUCGGCUACAAGGGCUCCAAAUUCCACAGGGUCAUCAAGCCUUUCCGCUUUCAAAGAAUGGCGCUGACAACCCCUCUGACGGAGCUCUUCAAGAUCAAGCACCCUGUAAUGCUGGCGGGCAUGGCCGGUGCUGCCGGGCCAGAGCUGGCUGCUGCCGUCACAAACGCGGGAGGUUUGGGCAACAUCGGUGGCGUCGGCUACACGCCCGAAGCAUUGCGCAAGACCAUUGGGAUGCUGAAGAAGGAGCUGAAGGACAAGAAUGCACCUUUUGGAGUGGACUUGCUACUGCCGCAGGUCGGAGGCGGAGCUCGGAAAACCAACAAGGACUACACAGGCGGAACUCUGCCGCAGCUGGUAGACAUCAUCAUUGAGGAGAAGGCAGCACUGUUCAUUUGCGCUGUCGGUGUGCCGCCCAAGUGGGCCGUGGACAAGUUUCACAACGCCGGCAUUCCCGUCAUGAACAUGAUCGGCGCCGUGAAGCACGUUGACAAGGCUGUGGAAGCAGGCGUCGAUAUCAUCUGCGCUCAGGGUGGCGAGGGCGGUGACACAGCCACGGCCAUCUUGCUGCCCAAGGUGGUCGAUGCCGUCAGGGGGAAGAAGUCCCCGCUGACCGGAGGGCCCAUCCAAGUGGUGGCAGCUGGCGGUAUCUUCGACGGGCGGGGAUUGGCCUCGGCACUGGCCAUUGGCUGCACGGGCGUUUGGGUGGGCACGCGCUUCAUUUGCUCAGAUGAAGCCGGUGCUGGCCCCUUCCACAAGCAGCGCAUCAUGGAUGCGGGCUUUAGCGACACCCUCCGGACCACCAUCUACACUGGCCGUCCGAUGCGAGUGCUGAAGACCCCGUACGUUCAGGACUGGGAGCAGAAUCGAACGCAGGAGAUGAAGGAACUCCAGGCUUCGGGCGUCCCCCCUUGGGUCAAAGACGUCGAGAACCUCUCAGACCUGGAAGGCGGCGCCAGUGUGGGCCUGCUUCAGCAGGCCGAAGUUCUCACCCAGGAGGAGAAGAAGAACGGGUUGCAGCUCAAUCGGCGACAGAUCCGAGAGCGAGGCGUCUUCUUGGCCGGCCAGUGUGCCGGAGCUAUCGAGGAUGUGAAGCCUGCAGGGCAGAUCGUGGAGGAGAUGGUCCUGCAGGCUGCAGAGCAGCUGAAGGUCGCAACUUGUACAGCACUUGACUUCAUGAUCCAAGGCGGCGACUUCACCAAGGGCGACGGUACCGGUGGCAAGUCCAUCUAUGGUGAGAAGUUCGCAGACGAGAACUUCAAGCUGAAGCACAAGCGACCAGGUCUCCUCUCCAUGGCAAAUGCCGGGAAGGACACGAACGGCAGCCAGUUCUUCAUUACCACCGUGACCACCCCUCACCUCGACGGUCGGCACGUCGUCUUCGGGACCAUCCUCGAGGGUAUGAAGUUCGUGAGGGAGAUCGAGAAGCAGAACGGCACGCCACCUGCAGAGGAGUGCAAGAUCGAGGAUUCUGGGGAGCUUGAGCUGGAGAAGCCUUUCAAGGACUCGACCUACCGAGGGAAGCUGAACGAGGAGCUUUGA